GAUAUUGUUGUAGAGGACAUUGGUAAACGAAAUUGCAUGUAUUUAUUGCAUCUUGGAAAGAGUGGAUCUCAAAUCCGAAUUCUCCAAUAAUAAGACCAAGUGUGAGCUCUCACUGAGUAUGUGUUGAUGAUGCGAAACAAAAUGGAGACCCUUACUCACACAAGAAUAUUUGCGUCAAGUGGUCGAAAAUUCCAACGACAAAGCAAUAGCAACAUUCACACAGAACAAAUAUAUUGAAAGAGAAAAAAUUUGUGAGCGAAAACCAUAACACCGAAAUCUAACCUCAAUCUCAACGUGUUUUUCAUUUCCGAUUAAAUUUGUACCAAUUUUCGUCAUCCAAUGUCAAAUAUCUCUGCAUUCAAACACAUUCUAGCCAUGAAUGUGUACGCAGUUACAACACACUCAAAUAUUGGUGUCAAACUGUAUCUGAAUGAGAAAAGUGCUGACAUUCAUUUUGUGGCCAAGUUGGCCGAUGGUAAAGAUAAACGAAUUCCUGCGCAUAAACUGUUGUUGACCACCGCAAGUGAUGUAUUCGCAGCAAUGUUCACUGAAUUUUGGCCGGAACAGAAUGAAGUUAAAAUUGUUGAUGCUCCGGCAGCUGCAUUCGAAGAGUUCUUGCAGUUCUUUUACUUGUCAAAAGUUAAAUUGACAAUGGAUAACAUCGAUAAAGUCAUGUAUCUCGGUGAUAAAUACAAUAUCAGUGAAUGUAUGAACGUGUGUACCAAGUACUUGCGCCAAAAUCUUAGUUAUGACAACCUUUUUUUGGCUUACGAACUUGCUAUUCGCUUCAACCAAAAUUGUUUGAAAUCAUUUUGUGAACUAAUGAUCGCCAUCGAUACAAAAGCAAUUUUAUCGUCGAAUGACUUUUUGCAAUAUGACAAAGAAAUUAUCGGCUACAUAUUGAAAAUGAAUACAUUGUCCUGUACUGAGGCAGAGCUGUUUGAUGCGGUAAUGGCUUGGGUUCAAAUUGCAAGUAAGAGCCUCACUCUGACGAAAGAAAGUGUUUCCACUCAUAUUGGUGAUUUAUUCUACGAAAUUCGCUAUCGAUCAAUGUCAUUUGAUGAUUUUGCAGGUCUAUACCCAACAUACGGACACCUUUACACGUUUGCUGAGAAUGCAGAAAUCAUUCAAAUGAUCGCGAAGAAAAAUGUUCAGCCGAAAUUAUUGAACGGAAAUCAUCGAAAACCGUUUAAAUUGAAUGAAACUAACAAGGUUGAAUGUUCUCGCAAAAUUUCAAGUCAGUGGUCGUCACCACGGCCAUAUUACAUUAAACAGGUGGAAGUUACCAAAUUCGCGACCAAUGAACCGCUAUUAUUUUCAGGUUUCAAAUAUGAUCGCAUAUUAUAUUAUAAGAAUAAUGCAUACCAUUCACUCGCCGGAACUUUUGCAAUUAAGAUGACAAUUGUCCAAACAAAGUUGGUUGAUUCGGCAACGUCUACUGACGAAAUCGUGUUUCAAAGUUUAGAAAUUCAUCAAUAUGAACCAAUGAUAUUAUUAUCAACACCAAUUCUUCUCAAACCUGGUUUUCUAUAUGAAAUCCGAUUCAAUAUGUUAUUAGAUAUUGAAAAAUGUUGCACCCGUGUACAAAUGUAUCCGGAAAUACGUUUACAGCCAAAUAUUGUUGUAAGAUUUUUCGACGACACCACUGCGAUCGAUGGACGUGUGUUACGCGGUUUAAUUCAUAGUUUUACUUUUUAUAAAGUUUAAGCAAAGUUAUGUGCCUUUGGUGCUUUUAAUCAUUACAUCAUCAAAUAUUACAAACUAGUAUUAAAUGUAACGUCUCAUUGAAUCAAAUUAAGUGUUUCAGACUUUCAUACUUUAUGUUCUUUCUUACUCGAUGAGGAACAUGAAUAAAAUCAAUGACCAACGAUCUUAGAUUAUAAAGCAGAAAAUAAAAAUCAAACAAGAAACACAUCUUAGUCAAAAUUAAUCAAACCAAACAAAACCAU